AUGUCAAGCGCGCGCACAUCCAGCGGCUCAAGGCCGCCCGUGGUACCAGCCACUCCGGUCGGUCGGUCGAUGCGCAAAAGGAACCAUCUCAAUCUCAGCGCAAAGGCUUUCGACAAGAUGUCGAAACGUCUCUCAUCAGUCGAAAAGUCGACAGGUCAAUCCGUAAUGGCAUCCUGGCGUACCUCGGAUGCCAACGAGCCCUUGGCUGCCGCCUCAAAUCGCAUAGAAGGAAUUCCCGAGUUGGGAGAAGGUGGACAUCGCACAACAGCGUCCUACGUCAUUGGCGAAGCGGAUGACAAUGCUACCAACGCGCCCGAGCAAAAGUCGACAACAGAAUACCAUCUCCGUCGUUUCGGAAAGGUUCCUGUCUCGAGAGGCCUCACGCAGGGAGCGGGCAAAGGUCCCGAUGGAGCUGCUCUCGCUGCUGCCGCAGCUAAAUCUCUGAAAGGAAAAGGGAUCGCCCCCGUCGACUCAUUCCUCAACGAAGGAAGCUUCGUCUUCAAUCCGCUCAACAGAAGAGUGCCGCAGCCUACACCACGCAAAGCAAAGACACGCACCGUCUCGUCGGCCAACAACGCUGCUUCUUCCCGUGCUGCAUCAGGAACCGUGACGUCAAUGACUGGAGCCGUUGCAACAGAAGCACGAGCACCUUCGCAAAGGUAUCACCCGCAGUCUGAACAGGCUGGAUCGUCCAAUCAGCUUCCAGCAUUGUCGACAGCUGCGGCUCCAACAGUACGCCAAGCUGCGCCCCAAUCGGACUCGGCUACUACAGCAACAGCAACAGCAACAGCAGACAGCGACGACUUGGCCUUUGUUGCGCUCACACUCGUAGACCGAGACUUGCAAGAGGCGCUCAUCCUAGAGGAUCUUCUCUAUGUGCUCUUGGGCAUCGAAGGCCAGUACAUUGCCUACGCAUCCACCUACGAUCCGGAAAACGUGGCACAUCGUCUGCGAGGCGCUCAAUUCACCAUCGACCCGGCGCUUGAUGCUCCGCUUCGUGACCUCGUCGAUCGCAUCCUUCCGCUUGCCACCGACUACACCGCCAUCUACGCCUUUAUCGAGACUGACUCUGGCCUCGAGUUCGGCACCGUGAAUCAUGCCCUUUGCGCUGCUAUCCGCGACCUGCUGCAUGACUAUGAGCUUCUCGUGGUGCAGCUCGAGCAUCAAAUGGCUUCUUCCACCUCGUUCAGCCUGCAGAAGUUGUUCAUGUGGGUUCAGGAGACUGCACGUACUCUCGCCGUGGUCCGCGCAUUGACCGAUGAGAUCGUCGGCAUCUCGCACGCCGAUCUCUUUGAUGAAGACGAUGACGACGACGACUCUUCGGACGGCGACGGUGGGUCAGAGAUCAGCGGUACCUCGGCACUGGAACGCGAGCGUCGUGCGCUGCUUGGGCUCGAUGACCCCGACGAUCAAGGUGUCGAAGGUGGUAUCGCUAAAGGUGGCGAGGUACUCUCGAUGCUCUGGGACCGUAUCACGCGGAUGAGCGGCGAUCCGAAAGCUCGCACGCUUUUCACCACGCUCUUCCAGCGCGCAUCUCAGCCGUACGCACAGACACUCAUCAAGUGGAUCACCACUGGCGACCUUUCGGACACGUACGAAGAGUUUAUGGUUAUGGAAGAUGCUAAAGUCACUCGCGCUGCUCUCGAGUCAGACCCGACCGACGAGUACUGGGAAACACGCUAUACGUUGCGCGACGAAACCACUUUGGCGAAGCGCGAACGUCAACGUCAGCUCGGACUCGAUCUAGAUGCCGAGCUGGAAGACGAAGAGGAGAACCCCAGAGGUAUCCUCACGGGUGGUGCCAAGAUUCCGUCGUUUCUCGAGCCGUGGAAGCACAAGAUCCUGUUGGCCGGAAAGUACCUCAAUGUGAUUCGCGAAUGUGGGCUUGAAGUGCCGCCCGACCCAGAUAAGGUAGAAACUGGCAGCGACGUUGGUGCCAAAUUACGCACAUCGGCAGCGUCGAGCUUGACGGUGGUUAUGAACGACGAAUCCUUCUUCCGCCGUAUCGAGGGCGCUUACCAACGUGCCAAUUCGGCGCUGCUCAAGCUUCUACUCGGUGAUCAGCAAAUUCUCGAGCGUCUGCGAUCGCUUAAGCACUUUUUCUUCUUCUCCGAGUCGGACUUCCUCUCGUCGUUCUUGGAACAGUCGGCACAUGAGCUGGUGAAAAAGGUCUCCCCUAGCAAGACCAGGGAAACAGUGCAGCAGCGGUUGCAAACGCACCUCGGUGCAGUUCUAGGCUCGAGCAGCACCGUUGGGUUUGAGGAUCCGUUCCGCGAAGACGUGCGCAUCGUACUGGCCUCCGAGGGAGCUUACGAUCAGCUCAAACGCAUUGCUGAGACCAAAGGCGGGAUCGAGGCCACCAAGCUCGCACAGGCGAAUGCAGCUGCAGCGGCAGCGGCAGCGUCUGCCGCCGGAUCCUCUGCUAAGGAGACGUUGGUAUCGGCCGUGACGCUUUUGCAAUUCGACGUAGCUGUCAAGUUUCCCGUGUCGCUGGUGAUCAGUCGGAAAAACAUCCUUCGAUACCAGUUCGUCUCUCGCGGACUGUUGCAUCUCAAGACGCUGGAGCGAUCGCUCUCAGAGUUGUGGCUGGAUCACUCUUCGAACCCGCUGUGGAAGCAGCGUACACACCCGGCGUUGGAGAAAUGGAAGCAGAAGCUGUUCAUGCUUCGUUGGAGAAUGGCGUUCUUCGUCCAGCAACUGCUAGCGUUUCAGAUGAUGGAGGUAGUCGAACCGAACUACCUGGAACUGCAACGCAAACUGAGCAACGUCAAGACGGUGGAUCAGCUGAUGAAGGAUCACUUUGCGUUUCUCAACACGACUCGCAAAGAGUUGAUGUUUACCGAUCUGCGCUACCUGGAACUGCACUCGCAGCUGACAAAUGUGAUCAGUGUGUUUGUAGAAAACCGGACGCGGUUUCAGGAUCAGAUGCGGUUGGAGACGCAGAGGUGGAAGGAGGCCGGUGGCGACAAGCGAUCGGUCCCGGAACCGGCACUGCAGGAGGCGACAGUGGAAUUCGUCGCCAAGUUUCACAAACAUUGGGACAAGUAUGCAAAAACAUACAAGGACGUAGUGAACCUGCUGAGUACAACGGACAACCCAGCUGCUCUGCCGCUGGCGUACAGGUUUCAGAGCUCGAAUUUGUAA